AGCUUUUGCGGGCUCGGGGGAGGCCCGGCGCGACGCUGCCGUGGGGGCAGCGCCGCCCGGCCCCGCGAGGCCCGUGGGCGCCCGGGCCCGUCGCCGCCGCUGCUGCGGGCACCCCCCGCGGCGGCCGCCGUGGCGGCCGGGGGCCCGCGCGCCAUGGUGCCGCCCCCGCAGCUCUGGGAAACCGGACGGCAAGUACCCCGCGACCUGGAGAGCUGGCGGGCGGCGCUCCCGCGGGACGACGACCCGUUCUCGCCCGUGGAGGAGGUCGCCUUCGCGGAGUGCAGCCCCCCGGGGUGCGGCCACCUCCGCCUGGCGCGCAUCGCCGCCCCCGGCUUCGGGGCGUGCAGCGGCCAGGCCCUGCCCACCGUCCUCGCCGUCUCCGGUGAGCGCCAGCAGCACGUGUCCCGGUUCUUCCAGGCGUGGCGCGCCGAGCGGCGGGGCUGGCAGGUGAUCAUCCCGAUCGACGGCUCCUCGCCGAAGCUGUACGAGAGCGACGGCGUCGACAUAGUCGUCAGGUUUAUGGCCUUCCUGCUGGGCGGCUCCCCGGAGUGCUCGGACGAUAUGCUGCCAGCCCCAAUCGAGGGCGGCAGGCUGCACCUGGUCGGGACCAGCAACGGCGGGGCCACCGUGCUCGCCGCCGCCUGCCGGGCGCCCGAGCUGGUCGCCUCGCUCACGCUCGUCACCGGCUUCGUCCCGAGGCCCGUGAGGGACGUGUCGACGCUCUCCCGGGUGCCCCUGAUCCGCCUGUACGCGGGCGCCGACGACGAGCUCGGGCAUCAGGACGCCCUGGAGCGGCUGAAGCUGGAGCUCGACCGCGUCGGCGUGGGGGCCGUGCUGCGGGUGCUGCCGGGGGCGGGCCACACGACCAUCGGCCAGCACGUGGACAUGGGGCAGUUCUGGGCGGAGCUCGAGGCGGCCCGGCAGGGCCGCCCGAGCGGCCUCGAGCCGCCGCCCAAGCGCGGCGCCGAGGUCGAGGGCAGCCAGCGCGGCUUCGAGUCGCCGCCCCGGCGCCGCCCAAUGGCGGCGGCGGGCGGCGAGUACCCCGCGGGCUCCCGGGUGGCGGUGCGCUGCGGAGCCUUCUGGCUGGCGGCGACGGUGGCGCGGCCCCCGAGUGGAGGCCGGGCCGGGGUGGGGGCCAGCGGCGGUGGGCGGUCCAGUGCGACCGCGACGAGCAGGGCGUCCUGACGCACUGCUGCGCACACGACAUGCGGCCGCUGCCGGGGGACGACCUCCACGGGGCCUCGCUCACCCCGGGGCCGAGCGAGCGGCCGUCUCCGGUGCGGCGGCUGUGCUCCGCGCCCGUCUCCGAAGG